AUGUGGAGGUUUGUGGUGCCUAUUACAUUAUUCGCAGUCUACGUUACUGGACAAAGCACCCCCAGAUCAGGGGAUGAAUUGGUUUCGACUGUUUUAGAUAACUGCAUCGAAAUUGACUGUGUCAAACAAAAUGUUCUAGGAUAUUUGGAUAACAUGCUUCACAUACAAAGUGAUGUUAGGAAUACUAAGAAUAUUGAUGCUGCCAUCUACAAGAGAGUUACCCGAGUGCUCAAUACCCACGAAUUCAAAUUCAAGGUUCCAGAAGCACUAAUGGAACAAACAGAAGUCGUUUAUAAUCCAAAAAGCGGAUUGGAUGUCGUAUCCAACGAAUCAGAGAAUGAAUCAAGAGGUAUUGGUUUAAAGAAGAAACUGUUAUUCCCCAUUUUGUUGCUGUUGAAAUUGAAAAUGAAACUUCUUCAACCUCUAUUCAUCAAACUCAGUCUUAUUAAAGCAACUAAAGCUUUGAUUAUAAGCAAACUGGCUCUUCUUAUCGUUAUUGGCUUCAUCGUUUACCAGUUCAUCGGAAAGUCAGGUAUGCCCAUGCCCAUGAUGUCUAUGGCACCAGCAGAACCUCCAGCGCCAUUGUACGGAGCUCCACCAGCAUCCCCACCUCCUCCACCAAGUUCAUACGAACCUGGCUGGGAACCCAACACUGGUGGUCCUUACCAGAGAGUAUGUCCACCUGAAACCAAACUCGGUGUAGAAACAUCCAUAGAAUCGCCGGAAUAUGACGGGAUCUUGUUGGUGUCUGCACCGGAUCAAAAAUUGAAGAGUUCCAAAUUAAAUUCGCUUCUGCAGGAUGCUCUAAGUUUUGACCAAUCCCUCAAGACAGAAAUCGGCGUAUUACAAACAGAUUUACCGGCGAAGCGAGUGGUUUAUUCCCCUACUGGCCCAAUCGAUACGGAUUACGAUGAUGUGAGAAUUUUCAAAAACAGUGCUGCGGCGGGUAUUAAGAGGGCGCUAAAAACUGGCGUGAAAAAGUUAUUGGUGGUCCUUGAGGAAUAUCCUGCAUUUGAAAAUACCGAGUUGGUGACACUUUUGGGAGUAUUGGAGGCCUUAUAUACGCCUAUUCAAGUAAGAGAACAUGAUCCUUCAAAAACCAACAAAGUCGAUCACGUCGGGGUAUAUACAGAAAAUCCAGACAAAACCAAAGCAAUUGUUGGGCAGGCCCAAGUACUGGAAAUUAGCAGACGUGUAGCAUGCGACAUCGGUGAUUCUGAUCCAGAACGAAUGACUCCAGCCAGAGCAGAAGAGUACGUAAGGACUCUAUUCCAGGGGACCAACAUCAAAUUAAGCGUAGUUACUGAUGAAGAAGAAUUCAGUAAAGGCUAUCCAUUGUUCGCAGCUGUUAAUAGAGCUGCCAGUGUUAAUGCCAGGCAUAAGGGGAGAAUUAUUUAUUUGGAAUACAAUCCACCGCAGGCUGUCAAGGAAACGUUAUAUAUUAUAGGAAAAGGAGUAACAAUGGAUACUGGUGGUGUGGACGUAAAAAUCGGCGGAGCUAUGAACGGAAUGUCGCGUGAUAAGUGUGGAGCAGCUGCAACAGCUGGUUUUAUGACAGCGGUGCAUCUUCUUCAGCCCAAACAUCUUAAAGUGGUUGCUGCUUUAAGUAUGGUACGGAACAGUAUAGGAUCUAAUGGAUACACUACUGACGAAGUUAUCACUGCCAGAUCGGGGGCUAGAGUCCGAGUCAUAAACACAGAUGCUGAAGGUAGAAUGAUAAUGGCUGACGUAUUGUGCAAGUUGAAGGAAGACGCAGUCAGUGCAGUAAAUCCUCAUCUAUACACCAUAGCCACCUUGACUGGACACGCUCAUAGAACUGUUGGCGAAGGUUACUCAAUUGCUAUGGACAAUGGACCAGCGAAAAAAAUACAGAAUGCAGAAAAGUUGCAAGCCGCUGGAGACAAGAUCGGAGACAUUUUUGAAAUUUCCAGAAUUCGUCGAGAUGAUUUUAAACAUCACAAAGGAGAAAUAGAAGGAGAUGAUUUAAUCCAAAGUGCUGCAAAACCUUCGACGAUGGUUUCGAGAGGACAUCAAGGUCCUGGAGCAUUUCUCAUGGUGGCUUCGGGUCUGGACAAGCAUGGCUCAGCAAGUGAUGUGCCUCUGAAGUACACUCAUCUGGAUAUAGCAGCUUCUGCCGGUACCUUUCCUCUUCCUGCAACAGGUGCUCCAGUACUCGCAUUGGCACAAGCUUAUCUGUUAUAA